CUCCUCCUUUAAAAUCUCCUCAAAUUCUAGUUUGACUACACCUCUUAAAGUUUAGAACCCUAACCUUAUUUCUCCUCUAAUUUUGCAGCGUUAAAAUCCUAAAAGCUCCUGAAUUUUCCUCUUCUUCCCCAAACAUUUCCCGCAAAAAUACCUUCUCCUAACCAUUACCUUUGGCAACUUUCCAUUAAAAUCUUCAAUUCGUCUGGUCUCUCACUACUUGGGAAAAAAAAUCAGCACAGGAAUUAAUGGAAAUCGAGAAGGAUUUCCCCUCGUCCGAUUUCUUCUUUACAAAGUAUAGUUACUUAAACAAGGGUAACGUACUCUCUUGUUCUUAUUAUUGUUAAUUGUUAUCCUUACCUUUUAUUAAAACAAAUACUUUGACAUAUGAACCUUUCCAUGACUAUGUGCGCAAGAAGACCUGCUAGAAGCUCAGCCCAUGCUGAAACAUGCUCUACAAUUUUAUGAUAUUUCAUGCACACUAGAUCUGGAUGAGGGUUUCAUGACAUUAUCGGCACUCCGAAGGCAUGUGCACGAAGACAUUUUCAUCAAGGCUAACGUUGUUAUUAACCUUUUUUUCGAAGAUAAUAUUUCGAAAGUAGCCAAGUUUCGGUCGGCAGAUCCUUUGCUAUCUGCACUAGAAUUUCUCUAUAAUCCUCAAUAUGACAUAAUCAAAAUUGGGUAUCAAGUGGGCGGGCUUUGCUCAAAAUAUGCAAUCCCAGAGGGCCAUUACUGGGGAUUGAGGUCAAUUUUUCAGGGUCCCGGGGGCUGCUUUCUAAAGGAUCUACAAGAAUUGACGGGUUGUUCUAUCGUUGUUUGUGGACACGAUGUUCUGGCUACGGGUUCAUUUAAUGGUCUAAGGAUAGUCAGGAUGAUUGUGGAAGACUGCUUUGUUUAUCGUGUUGCUGCCGAGUACCUUAUCAAUAGGGUUAAAGAGGCGGGUGUUCAUUGUGCCAGGGUGAUGAAUGUAGGGUUUCAAAACAAGCAGCAUGGACCAUUGGAGGUCGACGAGAACGGCAUCCCCCAAAAGCGCGAUAACUCCAAGCCAAUUGAAGAGGAGUCGAACAGUUGUGGAGAUAACAUCUAUUACCGUACGAAUUUUCCCAAAGACAAAGAAAAGUAUGUGCUAGAAGCUUGGCCGAAGGUGAAAUCUUUCUUAGAAGAGCAUGGUAUUUCAUGCGAACUCCAUCUGUUGGCCCCUAAGGUUGAGAGUUUUAUGAUAAUCUCAAGAGCGAAAUGGGAUGUGGACCAAGAUAUUUUUGAUAAGGCUAGGGUUGUUCUUGACCUUUUGCCAAGUGAUCGGACACCUCAGGCAAUAGAAUUGUUGAAUGCAAGGCAGUAUGAGAUCAUCAAGUUUGGGAAUCAAGAUUACGGGUUAAUCUCAAAAUUUGGAAUCAAUAAGGUGGAACCUGGUGAAUGGAAGGAACUUCUCAUAGGCCCCGAUGAUAUCUACAUAAAGGCACUUAGAGAACUGACAGGUUGUUUUAUCGUCGUUAAUUGGAAGACCGAAACAGUUGUUGCUACGGGCUCAUUCGAAGGAUUAAGGCUAGUCAGGAUAGUUGUUGAAGACUGCAUAUAUUACAAAGUCCAUGCUGGACACCUUAUUGACAAGAUUAGAACUCGAGGUGCAAGGGCUUAUUAUGGUACUCUGCGCUUUGUUAAAGUAGCAGAAAGUUUUGGGUUCUAGGAAGGAUUAUUGGGUGAUGUCAAAAUUACAUUACAUUUUUUGGAGCUUUUG